GCGAAGCGGAAAGUGGCGGCAGUGCGCCGCGAACCGUCAACCGGGACGUGCAUCGAGCACACCAGCUCGAAACCUCGUGUUUUCAUGCGUCCUCGCACCACGUGCACUCCGUUUACUUCCUGCAACUGCUUUCGCGCCAAAUAUCGAACGAAAGAAAUCCAACACUGACAGAGAUUGUUCUUUUUUAUUUUACUUUAUGGUUACGAGGAUAUGAGGGAGAACAGUGGUGUUUUCAAGCUGUGAAUCAGGGGAUGAAAAGAGAAGAGGGAAAGUGAGGAUGAUAGAGGGGUGAUCGAGGAAGAGGAAGGUCUUCGAGUGACACCUCGUUAAUUUCUUGGAAGGCUUGGAUACUUUGAGAGUGUUAAGGGCCAGGGAUUGGGUGGUGAAAAUGAGAAUGGAGAUUCAGAUCUCAAUGUGCCUGACGGCUCUGGUACUGACGAUAGCAGCCGAAGAGAAACCUACAAACACCGUCUCGGUGUCCUCCGGUUCGGCCUCGAUCCAGAGCAAUACGAUCCAGAAGCUGAUCAAGAUCCUGGAGAAGUACGGUCUCGAAGAGCAGAGGGGUCUGAAGAGGGUAUACCUGAGCAACAGGUCGAUCACUUGCAACGACGGAUCGCAGGCAGGAUUUUACCUGCGGAAGUCCCACGGCUCGAAGAGAUGGAUCAUUUUCCUGGAAGGUGGCUGGUACUGCUACGACCACAAGAGCUGCAGGAACAGGUGGCUCAGGUUGAGGCAUCUGAUGACAUCGACUCAGUGGCCUGAGACACGCGACGUUGGCGGCCUUUUGUCGGCAAAUCCGGAAGAGAAUCCAUUCUGGUGGAACGCCAAUCACGUAUUCGUUCCUUAUUGUACGAGCGACAGUUGGAGCGGUACCAGAGCCUCGCCUGGCGACAUGUUUUCCUUCAUGGGUUCGGAGAUCGUGAUGCAGGUGGUGCGGGAUCUCAUCCCUCUUGGACUGGAAAAUGCGAGCUCCCUCCUUUUGGCUGGCAGCAGCGCGGGUGGAACCGGUGUCAUGUUAAAUUUGGAUCACGUGCACAAUUUGGUACACCGUGAAUUAGGUUUGAGGCAUAUUGCGAUAAGGGGCGUCUGCGAUUCGGGGUGGUUUCUGGACAGAGCACCCUACUCCCCGAACGGAUUAUCGCCUGUCAAUGCUGUUCGCAAGGGGAUGGAAUUCUGGAAGGCUCGGAUGCCUCAUAAUUGCGUUAUCAAGCACCAGAACGAACCAUGGAGGUGCUAUUUUGGAUACAGAUUGUAUCCAACUUUGACUGCGCCCCUGUUCGUUUUUCAAUGGCUGUUCGACGAGGCUCAGAUGUCAGCCGACAACGUGGGUGCACCGGUGACGAAGCAGCAAUGGGAUUACAUACACAAGAUGGGUGACAGCCUGCGGCAAACCUUCGAAAACGUUUCCGCGGUCUUUGCCCCAAGUUGCAUUAGUCACAGCGUUCUGACGAAGAGAGAUUGGCAGCUGGUCAAAAUAGACGAGGUUUCCCUGGCACAGGCGUUGCAUUGUUGGGAGCAAAUGCCCCUUGGGAACCGUCGUAACGACACUCGUUCGCCAAUUGAGACGAACCAGCCGUGCACGAAGUCGCUCCGGAAGCUACUGCGUUCCGGGCUGACGAAGGGAAACGGAACUUCGUUCGAGCCAGGAAGAAGCGGAAAAAGCGAGUACGCGAUGGAGCCGCAGAAGGUUGCACCAAAGGUGAUUACCAAUUCGAACGGUGGAAAAUCGUCGAUAUUUUCAGUUCAGGAUGGUGAAAACAGGAAAAGGAAGAGGAGGAAACAUAAAGGUAGACGCAGGGAGAGGAACAAAGAGGCGAGGAUGAAGAAGGAGAAACACGAACGGAGGAAAUCUACAGGUCGUCGUAGGGGUAACAAGCAGAACAACGACAGCAACCACACGGGCAUGUUCAACGGGACCAGACCUCAACGCUCGGUGAUACCAUCUGGCAAACGGAAGUGCGUCCAGGGCUGCCACUUCCGGUUAAUCGAACGUUGCACUUGGCCGCAGUGUAAUCACAGCUGCCCGAAGCUGCACAAUCCGUUCACCGGCGAGGAGAUGGACUUCAUCGAGCUGUUGAAGAGCUUCGGCCUCGACAUGAAGAGCGUGGCGAACGCACUUGGCAUCGAUAUACAAACAUUGAACAGCAUGGAUCACGACGAGCUGCUGAAUUUGCUUACUCAGCGUGCCAAUUAACUCGUUACAUUCGACAACAAGCAUUCCUCAUCGACGAAACUUUCGUCGUUCUUGCUGUUGAUCGAACAGACGGGGAAAGAAUAGAACUUUGACGCGAAGCGUGUUUCAUCUUCCCUCCCAAUGUUCGAUGAUGAUUAUUUAAGAAGACUUCAGUUUCUUCAGAAAUCAAAGAGACUGUCUUCUCUUGGGAACAUUAACCAGAGAUCAUUUUCUUGUCUCCCAGUGAAACGUCUUCGUGAUCAGCGUAAUUAAUGGGAAUUUUGUCCUUUUCAACAACAGAGUAUCUUUAAUUUAUUUGAUAGUUCGUAAGCGAAGCAAACGGACAUAUAAUUAUGUUGUUGCGAAUUAAUUCACUUAUUUUUUUAGAGUGAUUUAUUCAACGCCGAAUGACACGAUCAGCCAUGAGGCUCGAUUUCCGACUUACCAAAACCUUCUUCCCUCUUCAACGUUUGUACCUGUAUUCGCAGAACACUUUAUUAGACAACGAUUUCGGGUGUCGGCAAUUGUUAAGUUCUACUGUUGUUUUCGAUACACUUGUCGCAGGCUAUAGCAAAGCAUUAUUCUACGUAGCAAUAUGAUUUUUACAAUCGUUAAUUUUUCAGAGGCAUUGCUUGCCAGAGGAAGCCUCUACUUUGUUGCAGAACAAGGUAUAAUUUACAGCACAGUCCACGAAUUGAAAGUAUGUUAUUUUUUCCAUUUAGCAAAUUUUCCCCGAUGAAUUAUUUAUUUAAAAUUUGAAUGGAAAGCAGUGCGAUUUUUGAUAAGCUGAAAUCAUCGAUUAUGGAUGAUUUAAAUGUAACAAAAAUUGUCAGUAUUAACUUGAUCGUUGACACAUUCCGCGCGCGACAAUAAUUGAACAAGGCAAAUCGAGUCAAAACGUUCGGGCUCGAUUCAAUGGAACGCGACGGAACCGAGUUUCGCGAAUUGAUGUCAAUAACGAGCAAACCGACCGACAAAGCAGCUUCAUAGACUGAUUAAAUUAUCUACCUCAACGAAUCAAAUCGUAUUAACGUCCUUCUGUGUACUAUAAACGUCGAUUAAAGAGUUUAACGCCGCAAGAGUAAUUAAUAUAGGCUAGAACGAUCGUUUAAACAACGUGUCGUUGCGUCUAGCGUUCUAUGUAAUAUAAUUGUCCGACUAAUAAUUAUUUAUUUAACGCGGAGAGAAAGAAUUCACGCGACGGCGAAGAGACCGA